AUGAGUAGUUAUGUCCUGGUGAUUGGUUUUCAUCACAAGAAGGGCACUUCUGUGGAAUAUGUCUACCCAGAACUGGAGACCGGCAUUGAUCUUCCUUCGGCUUGGGCCUGCAUUCCACCUACAGCACUUCCAGAUGGCGCUCACAAUUUUGAUAGAGAUUCUAUAUUCUUUACUGUACCUUCUCUGGAGCCAAAACCCACGACAUUGUUCGGUGUUGCCUGUUACCGACAAAUUGAUGCCAAAGAUUUCUCUAACCGAACACCGGAUUUGACACGAAAUACGGUACAAAAGAGUGUGGUCUUCUUAUCUCAUGCUCCUUUGUUUGGUCUCGUAUUUAAUCUUUUGGAUGACAUUACGGACGCAUUUAUUGCUGCUCCUUCGAGCAAAGAUGGUUAUGAACUUCUUCUGAGAGGAUUUUUUGAUAUCAAACUUGCUGUGGAUAGAGCUAUUUGCUCAACAUUGUGCGAAACUGAAGUACUGCGGGGUCUCAGUGCAGUCUCAUUUGUACGAGCCUACCAGCGCGAGUCCUUGGUUUUGUUGAAAAUCCUACUCCUAGAACGAAAAAUUCUCUUCACCUGUGAAACCACCGUCCAGUGCAUGUCUACGUGGCUGCUCACGCUUAUCAGUCUCAUUCCAGGAAUGCUCCUCGGUGGUCUCUCGACCUGCGCAAUCAUAGAUGAGUCGUGGGUAGAUGAGAGAGCCUGUUGGCCCCUUGCGACUCUUUCACGCUCUUCUAUCGCCACAUCUGUGAUAGACGAUACUUCCGUCACUGUACCACAAUCCAAUGAUGAUGCUGCUUCUCUGGGAGGAGAAGACGCUCUUUCUACCUCGGCUGAAUGUCUUCUCUCCAAAUGCGACCUUGGGCUCACUAUUCUUUCGAAAAGGGAAUUUCCAUUGCUUUUUUUAUCUCUACAAGCAGCUCAAUCCCCGACUUCUGGUAGUGGUGGUGGUCUGACUCGUGUUGCAGCGCUGCGCAUGGGUGCCACAAAUCUCUGGUCCAACGUCACCAAAACGGCUUCCGUGUUUUCGACGCGGGUUGGCGGUGGGGGUGAGGUUGGCACUGAGCCUCCGUCCCUCUCGUCACAACUACAGCCUUCGCCUCCACAGCUACCCAUUUCAGAUGCUUACGCCAUGCUGCCACCGCUCACUGAUGGCUCUGUCUUCGAUUCCCCAUUGCCUACGGAUGAUUGGGGACUUCCCUUAGCGCUUUUCUCACGGUCCUACCUCUUCCUUCCUUACGUUCCACUUCACACCGUGGAUAUGUUGCUGGAGCAUCGACAUCCGCCAGGCGACGUAGCUGCAAACGCCUUGGAAAUAGGCGGGAGACGCGUUCGUGGCUUUCUUUGUGGAACCACAAAUCCUCUUUUAAGUCAGAAUACACGUCUCGCAGAGGUUAUCGUGAACACUCUCCCCUUUCCUUCUGAAACUGUUGGCACAUCCACCCCGGAAGCCACAUCCGAGGUACACCUUGAAUCCUCUGGGGAUACUGAACUGGAAGUUAGUGAACCGACUUCGCGACCCUCUUUGUCUGACGCUCACUCCAAUGUUCGGACAAGCGGGGUCUUUUCCCGACUCCUGAAUCGGCAGGCGGCUACAAUUCGUCUGUGUCCACCAUCCACAGAGCCUGGUGGUAGACUGCGGGACCUCCCCGUUCCUAUAGGACGGGCUGUUCAACUCAGUAGACUGGACCGAAUCUUCAUCGAUCAUCUGGUAAACACAGCGGAAAUGUGGUAUGCUGCAAGAGCUGCUAAGGACUUGAGCUCUGUGCCUGUUGAAGAGAUAGGUUCACGAGAAACGAUUGAAGCUGAGAUCCGGACAAGAUUUCCGGAAUUGGCUGAUCUGGAAAAGUGGAUUCGAGCUCAAUUUGGCGUCUACAUCAAGUCAUUAUUACUCACUGCCGAGGGCAGAGGCAGCCAACUGGGAGACUUCAAUCUCAACUACAUCGCGUGCUUUCGCACAACUCACGCUUUUCUAGCCUGGCGCAGUCAGUUGGUUGUGCCCUCGGUGAUGAACCAGAUAUUGAACCAACAGAAGGAGGAGGAGGAGGCUGCGAAAGAGAUUUCGCAACAGGCUGUUGCGGUGUCUGUGGAAUGUCUGAAAGAUGGGGCUGAAGGCGCUCAGAAAGUGUUGACCACUGGUGCAACCGCUGUGUCGUCGUCAAAGGCGGCCUACGCGAUCGCCUGUCCACUUAGCCAUCCGGGCAAAAAUUUUCCCUCCUCCGAAUCGGCGGAUCAAAUCGUCAGCAAUCUUAAACAACUUUCCUUCCUCAAACCGGCUUACCAAGUAAUUUUGCCUGCUUUUGCCUUGCGAAUUGCACGUGCGUGUGUGUUUGUUUGUACACCAAUUAGUCGUAUUUGUUGGCUUUUCUGGUUGAAGUGA